CAUCCUGGAUGCCGGUCCUCACUCUCACCACAGCGGGCUUUCUUUGAGGCCAGGACUGGGUGAUGGUGUCACUCCUCCCGCCGCAGUCUGACGUCACGCUGCCCAGCCCGGCCAGACUGGAGGGCGAGCCCCAAGGGGACCUCAUGCAGGCACCGGGCCUCCCAGGCUCCCCUGCCCCACAGAGUAAGCAUGCCGGCUUCAGCUGCUCAUCAUUUGUGCCUGACAGACCCCCAGAAAGGGCUUCCUCACUGCCCCCACAAAGUCCCAGCGUCGCAUCACCAGGUCCCGAGCAAGUCCACUGCCCAGCCGGCCCAGGUCCGGGCCCCUUCCGGCUCUCACCCUCAGACAAGUACCCCAGCUUCAGCUUUGAGGAGAGCCCAGCAAGCAGCCCUGGGCGCUUCCUCAAGGGCAGCCAUGUGCCUUUCCACCCAUACAAGCGGCAUUUCCAUGAGGACGUCUUUCCUGAGGCUCAGACUGCCCUGGCCCUCGAUGGACACUCCUUUAAGACCCCAGGGGUGCUGGAGACCUUCGAGGAGAUCCCCGUGGAUGUGGGGGAAACCGAGGCCUUCCUGCCUGGCUUCUCAGCAGAGACCUGGUGCAAUGGGCUCCCCUACCCCAGCCAGGAGCACAGCCCCCAAGUCCUGGGUUCGGAAGUCAAAGUCAAGCCCCCAGCUCUGGAGAGUGGCCCUGGGCUGUACUGCUACCAGCCCCCUUUGCAGCACAUGUACUGUCCCUCCCAGCCCCCCUUCCACCAGUACUCACCAGGUGGCAGCGGCUACCCUGUACCCUACUUGGGUUCUGCACACUAUCCGUACCAGCGGAUCGCACCACAGGCCAACACUGAUGGGCACCAGCCUCUCUUCCCCAAACCCAUCUAUUCCUACAGCAUCCUCAUCUUCAUGGCCCUUAAGAACAGUAAAACGGGGAGCCUUCCAGUCAGCGAGAUCUACAAUUUUAUGACGGAGCACUUCCCUUACUUCAAGACGGCACCUGAUGGCUGGAAGAAUUCUGUCCGCCACAACCUCUCUCUCAACAAGUGCUUCGAGAAAGUGGAGAACAAAUCAGGAAGUUCCUCUCGCAAAGGCUGCCUGUGGGCCCUCAAUCCGGCCAAGAUCGACAAAAUGCAGGAGGAGCUGCAGAAGUGGAAGAGGAAAGACCCCAUUGCUGUGCGCAAGAGCAUGGCCAAGCCGGAAGAGCUGGACAGCCUCAUUGGAGACAAGAGGGAGAAGCUGGGCUCCCCACUUCUGGGACCCCCUGGGCUGGCAGGCUCAGGCCCCAUCCGGCCUCUGGCACCUCCAGCUGGGCUCUCCCAGCCGCUGCACUCGAUCCACCCAGCUCCAGGCCCCAUUCCUGGCAAGAACACCCUGCAGGACCUUCUUGGGGGACACACGCCCUCUUGCUAUGGGCAGACAUAUUCACACCUCUCACAGGGCCUGGCCCCUCCUGGACCUCCCCAGCCGUUGUUCCCGCAGCCAGACGGGCACCUUGAGCUGCGGGCCCAGCCGGGUACCCCCCAGGACUCACCUCUGCCUGCCCACACCCCACCCAGCCACAGUGCCAAGCUGCUGGCUGAGCCUUCCCCAGCCAGGACCAUGCAUGACUCUCUGCUGCCAGAUGGAGACCUGGGCACUGACCUGGAUGCCAUCAACCCUUCUCUCACCGACUUUGACUUCCAGGGAAACCUCUGGGAACAGCUGAAGGAUGACAGCUUGGCCCUCGACCCCUUGGUACUGGUGACCUCAUCCCCGACAUCAUCUUCGAUGCCCCCACCCCCACCCCACUGCUUCCCCCCUGGGCCCUGUCUGGCAGAGACAGGCAGUGGAGCAGGUGACUUGGCACCACCAGGCAAUGGGGGUUCCGGGGCACUGGGUGACCUGCACCUCACCACCCUCUACUCAGCCUUCAUGGAGCUGGAGCCCUCGCCUCCCACGGCCUCUGCUGGUCCCUCAGUGUACCUCAGCCCCAGCUCCAAGCCCAUGGCCCUAGCAUGAGCCAUGUGCCUCAGCCACUCCAGCCUUUGCCUGGCCUGGAAGUCCCAGCUGGCCGCCCAUGUCGGGCUCACCUUAAAGGUCAAGGAAGGAAAACACUCCCUGUCCCCUAUGACACUAAGCCGACUUGUUGGCUGACAGCUGGGGGUCAAGAAGACAUCAUCCAGGGUGCUGCCCCUCAUGCAUUUCUGCCGCCUGGCGGGCCACCUCCUCCUCAGGUCCCCUGAAGAGCAAGUAUCUGGGCAAGAAGAAAAUGCACUCUCCUGAGCUCACACUCAUCCACACUUAAGCUGUCAUGCACAUGUGCACACACAUGUGCAUGUGCAUGCACACACACACACACACAUGCAGUUAUUCACACCUGCACCCACCCACAUUCCUUAUACGCAGAGGAAUCAGGACUAUAUCACUGACAGCCUGACUUCAUUCUGGGGCAGCUGAAAGCUGAGGGUUUUGGUUACCAAAUGCUCAGGACCCUGGAACCUUUUUCUGACGUCCAUGUUCUCUGCAGGCCUGGCCCCCUCCAGGCAUGUUCUCUCCCAGAAGCCCCUGUAUUUAUUCUCCCAUCUUUAUCCGAGCAACCCACCCAGGAGGAGGGGAUAUGGAGCCUCUCCCUAAGUUGUCUGUGGGUCCCCAGGCUGCUACUUAGUAGCACCCAUUCUGCCAGGCUCAUGCUCAUGCUCAUCCUCAGGACAUGCUCUGCCUGGCCUCCCCAGGGGUGACACACAGGAGGGGCAACAACCACCCCAGGACCAAACUGAGCCUAAUUCCAACACAAAGUGUUUGGAAAAGCCCUUUCCCUUGGAAACUUGAAAGCGUCCUCUCUCCCAGCCUUGGGUGCAGGAAGGGCCCCUCCAGGUCGCUGUAAUCUCACUCCUCUAUCAGAAGUUCAUGUAGUUUAGGUUCCAGCUUAUUAAUAACUUUCAACUGUCCCAGGCAGCCUGGGCAUUCAGGGAAGGGAAGCCCGGCACAGGCUGGAGGAGCAUCCAUGCCCCACUCUGUUCUACUGGCCAACCCAGGAUGCCUCUGGAGCUCGGGGAUGUGGCCCAGCUGUCCACCGUGCCCUACCCAAGAGCCCAAGCUGCACUCUGAGGUGGCAGCCUUAGCCUACUCUGGGCCUGGGGCUUCAAGAACCUCUGGAAGUUGGCUCCAGGCUCAGGGGCAAGCCAAUCCCUCGAUGGCCUGCCAUCGUCCCCUGUCCUGGAACAAUAAAGCAAGCGC